AUGCAGCAGCCGUCAUUCGCAGGACUUAGCGCGCGAAAGCCCAUGAGUGCUCCCACUACUCCGCAGAUGUCGCAGAACAAAGCGUUGAGCGGGCUGGCCGUCCGAAAGCCGAUCGACCACAUGAUGAUGACGAACUGCUUAGUGCAUACGAUCAAUCCGCGGAGAGCCCUCAGCGCGGCAGCGCUCAGCGAGCCUGCGACUGCAACCUCGACGUCCAACGAUACCUUCGGCCAGUUCGACCUCGGACAGCUACUGCAGCAGGCCCAGUACCAGCCGCAGCCGCAGUACGAGCAGAAGCCGGCCUACAGUGUGGAGAUCAACCAGCAGGCGAUGGGCUCGCAGGACCUGUCGCGGGUCACCCAGCUGCUGGCCUACCUGCCGGCCGUACUCAGCGACCCGAUGCUGGCUCUGGAGCUGAACAAGAUCCAGGAGCUGGUCAACCUCGGCUACCUGCAGUGGGAGCAGGCCCUCAAGUGGGCGCAGGAGCUGAGCGAACGGGCCGGCAGCGUAAACGGCAAUGCCCAGCAGCAGCAGCAGCAACUGCCCGCGGUCAACAUCAACAUCACCAACAGCACGCCUGCGUCUUACUCGGCGUCGCCGCUCCACGACCUCGCCUACGCCUUGCCCGCGAAUGCCAACAACACCGAGCUGCAAGUCGAAUCCUUCGUAUCGUCGAGUUACUCAGUGAAAGUGUGGGGAGGCUACGGCGGGGUGUACAUGGAAGGGAGUGCCCCGCAGGCGACCUCGUCGCGGCCCAAGCUGCAGCUGAAGCAGGCCAACAGCCGCAACGUCCGCAUCUUCAUCUCGUCCACGUUCAGGGACAUGGAGAUGGAGCGCGAGGAGCUCAUGAAGUGGGCCUUUCCGCGCCUGCGCAAGUUCUGUAGCGACCGCGGCGUGUUCCUCACGCAGGUCGACUUGCGCUGGGGCAUCACCGAGGACCAGUCGCAGGCUGGCGACACUAUCAACAUCUGCCUUCGCGAAGUGGACCUGUGCCGGCCCUACUUCGUGUGUAUGUUGGGCGAGCGUUACGGCUGGGCGCAGCCGGAUGAGGCAUGCAGUGACGCGUUGCUGUCGAAGACGUUCGAGAGAGCCGCGCAGACCUUCCCGUGGAUCGCCAACUACAAGGACCGUAGCAUCACCGAGCUCGAGAUCCGUCAUGCGCUGUUGAACGACUCGACGGACAAGGCGAUGGAGCGGUGCCUGUUCUACUUCCGCCAAUUGGCGCAGGGCCAGAGCACGAAGGGGCUGGACGCCCGGGACGUCAAGCUCCAGGCCAAGCUCGGCAAGCUCAAGGACGAGAUCAAGAGCGCCGGCGCACGCGUCACCCAGUACAAGAGUCCGGCGGAGAUGGCGUUGAAGAUGGUGGAGGCGCUGGAGGCGGCGAUCGACCAGGACUUCCCUAUCACCGACGCGCCCACGCCUCUCCAGCGUGAGCGUGCGGCGCACGAUGCCUUCGCGGCCAGCAGAGCGCGCGUGUAUGUCGGCCGAGGCCACUACUUCGACCACAUCGACAAGCACCUCAGCACCCAUCCCUCCAAGCCUCUCGUCAUCUGCGGCGAGAGCGGUUCGGGAAAGAGCGCGCUCGUGUGCAACUGGGCGCUGGGCUACGUGGAGAGAUACAAGACGGAACGGCUGGUGAUCACCCACUACAUCGGCAGCACGGCCCAGAGCACCGAUCUCGCUGGCCUCCUGCGCAGGAUCAUGGGCGAGAUCAAGAGCUUCUACGGCGUGCCGGACGAGAUCCCGACCGACCUGCGGUCGCUCAUCGAGGCCUUCCCCGACUGGCUCACCGAGGCCGCCAAGCGCGGCGGGCUGCUCCUCGUGCUCGACGCUCUCAACCAGCUCGAAGACCGUGGCAAGGGGGAGGUGCAUGAUCUGGCCUGGCUGCCGCGCGAGUACCCGAACGGCGUGCAGGUGGUGGUGUCCACUCUGCCCGGCCGCUGCAUGAACACCAUCCAGCAGCGCGGCUGGCACACCCUGCGCGUGGAGCCCCUCAACGAGACCGAGCGACAGGCUCUGGUGCUCGAGUACAUGGCCCUCUACGGCAAAUCCUUCACCCCGGCCCAGCUGGCGCGCAUCAUCAAGGCCGAGCAGUGCCAGAACCCGCUGUUCCUCCGCACUCUGCUCGAGGAGAUGCGGGUGUUUGGUGUGUACGAGGGCCUGGACGCCAAGAUUAGCCACUACCUCACGGCUCGCACCCCGCCGGACCUCUUCAACCUGGUCUUUUCCCGCCUCGAGAGCGACUUCGAGACCAAGAACGCCGGCAGCAGCGGCAAGUCGCUGCAGGGCCUGGUCGGCGAUGUGCUGUCCCUGAUCUGGGUGAGCAGGCGCGGCCUCACCGAGAGCGAGCUGCUCGACAUCCUCAACAUCCCGCACUCCCUCUGGUCGCCGCUCCACUUGGCAAUGGAGGAAUCGCUGGUGAGCAGGUCGGGCUUCCUGACGUUCUUCCAUGACUACAUGAGGCAAGCCGUAGAGGCACGCUACCUGCGGCCCCAGAACCGCUACAACCAAUACCGCAUGCGCAUCGUGUCCUACUUCAACCGGUGCGAGGAGGUGCCCUACCAGCUCAUGUCGGCCAACGACUUCGGCCAGCUCGCCGAUUGCAUCACCGACCUGGAGAUGUUCAAGCUGCUGUCGGCGGAUGAGUACAAGUUCGAUCUGUACCAGUACUGGCAGGAGGCCACCAAGCACACGAGCGUGGAGGACCGCUUCGUGGCGAGCCUCGCCGAGUACGAGCAGGCGCAGCCCGCCCCGAACGAGCUCGCCGCCAUCUUCAACACGGCCGGCCAGUUCCUGCAGGACAUUGCCGCGUUCGAUAAUGCGGAGAUGUACUUCAAGCGAGCGCUCGAGAUCUCAGAGACCAUCUACCAGCACGACCCGUGGCACUCGGACGUUGCCAGCAAGCUCGACGCGCUCGGCUACCUCUACCGCUUGCGAGGCAAGUACGCCCUGGCUGCUCCGCUGUACGAGAGAGCCAUGAAGAUCCGAGAGAAGACGCUGGGCCCUGAAAACCCCGAGUUCGCCUCCUCGGUGAACAGUCUCGCCAUCCUCUACCGGCACCAGGGGUUGUAUGAUAAAGCAGAGCCGUUGUACAUUCGCGCGCUUCGCGUGCGCCAGAAGAUCUUUGGUGAGAUUCAUGCCGACAUCGCCCAGAGCUUCAACUCGCUGGGCUGCCUGAACCAGGACAUGGGUCGCUUCAAGGAGGCCGAGGACUAUCUCCUUCGCGCCAUCUCAAUGAGGGAGGACCCUCUGGCGAUGUCGCUGGCCAAUCUUGGUGGCCUGUACAUGGAUCAGUCGCGCUACGACGAAGCCCACCCGCACUACGCCCGCACCCUCAACAUCUACGAGAGCGUCUACGGCCCGGUCCACCCGUCCGUCGCUCAGACCUUCAACUCGAUGGCGGGCUUGGCGCAGGAGGCCGGCAAAUAUGAGGAGGCGGAGGCCCUGUACACCAAGACCCUGGCCAUCCGCGAGCGUCUGCUGGGCGACUCGCACCCGGAGCUUGCCCUCACCCUCAACGAUUUCGCCGUGUUGUACGCGAGGCAGGACAAGUACGACAUGGCCGAACCGCUCUACCAGCGCGCGUUGAGCAUCCGCGAGCGGGUCAUCGGCGUGCACCACCCGGAUUACGCCCAGUCCCUCAACAACAUUGGCUCCCUGUACCAGGACAUGGGCCAGUACACCCGCGCGCUGCCGCUCUUCGAGCAGGCCCUCAAGAUCUGCGAGGCCGCCUUUGGACCUCGCCACAUGGACGUUGCCAGCUCGUUGACGAACAUCGCGGGCUGCUACCAGUUCCUCCGUCGGUACAACGAAGCGAUCCCGCUCUACCGCCGAGCGCUGGAGAUCUACGAGGACCUGCUGGGGCCGAUCCACGCCGACGUGGCGGUGACUACCAACGAUUUGGCCGUCCUCUACUUCACCACGGGCAACACCGACCAGGCCGAGAAGCUCUACAAGAAGGCCCUCCACGUCUACGAGAAGAUCUUCGGCCCUCACCACCCGGACGUCGGCCAGGCGCUGGCCAACCUGGGCGAGUUCUACGUGAGCCAGCACAAGCGCGGGGAUGCCCGGCAGUGCCUCGAGCGGGCCGCCGCCAUCUACGCGCAGACCUUUGGCGAAGGCCACGCCCGCACUCAGGCGGCCCAGCUGGCCCUCUCCCGCGUCGCUUGA